AAAGGGGGGAGGGUUGCUCCGGGGUCAGACGGCUAGGCUUCAGAGAGCCACCUGACCACAUCCCGCGGCAGAGCUGACGUGCAGAGGAGUCGCCAGCUACAGGAGGUCGAGCAGGCACUGGGGACCCGGCAGCUCUGUGUCCAGAUUCACGCGAGUCUCUUCACUGAAGCCUGUGCCGUGUCCCAGCCUCCCCACCAUCCCUGGACACCCCUAGCCUCCCAAACCUCCCUGUCACAAGCUGCAUGGUGGUUCCCAAAAAGUAGACCCAAGUUCAUGAAUGCAAGCUUAUUCAGAGAAAGAGUCUUGGUGGAUAUAAUCAAGUUACAGACCUCAAGAUCGUAAUGGAUUAUGCAAGUGGGCCCGAAUCCAGGGAGCAGUGUAACUUACAAGAGACAGAAGGACAGAGACACAGGGGAGAAGGCCGUGGGAAGACAGAGGAAGAGAGUGGGGUGACGUGGCCACUAGGAGAGCCAGGGGCUGGACCAGGCAGGAGGGUCCUUCCCUGAAGCCUUGGGGAGGAAGGAGAAGGGCCCUGGGACGCUGGUCUCUAGAACUACAAGAGAAUAAACUUUUGUUGUUUUAAGCUCCUUUGUGGCGGUCACUGGUUACACUAGCACAGCCAUCGGCCUAAGUAAAUGGGGCAGGUGGGGACCUCACCCCAGGGCCAGCUGUAGGGACCGAGAUGCAGGGAGGAAGCAGGAUAAAAGCAUGGUCAGUUCAACACGCGGCUGUGCACAGACAUGCAUGGGUCCUCUGCCCCCCAGGUGCCCCUUCGAUGGCAGCAAAAUGACAAAGGUGAAGGAGCCCAGGGCCAGGAGAACACAAGGGACAGAGACAGCAGCAGGAGCAAGGAUCCAACGUGGCCUGGGAGAGUGAUAGGUGGAGGGUGGAGAAGGGGGAGCCCCAGAGGGCCAGAAGUGCAGCAGCGUCCUGGGCAGCAGCCUAUGGCCAGUAACCAAUGGAGGUCCAAGGUCAAGGUCCCCAAGGCUCCAGGGGGAGGACCCUUCCUGCCUCGUCUGGCCCCUGGCUCUCCUGGUGGCCACGUCACCCCGGUCUCUGCCUCCGUCUUCCCAUGGCCUCCCCGCCAUGUAUUCCCCUCUUCUGUCUCUUCUAAGGACACCCUAAUUCAGCAUGGGCCCAUCGCCAGAUCCUUAAUGACACCCGCAAGGGUCUUUUUUCCAUACAGACUCCCAUUCACAGGCACGAGGCAAUUCACAGAGUUAGGACUCAGACCUACCAUUUCGGGCACCACCAUGCAGCCCACCACACAACCUACACCCCACAAUAAGUUAAGACGUCUCCCAACCCCGUCCUCUGCCUUAUCCAGAGGAGAGAGAUGGGCCUCAUGGGACUAGCACGCUGGGCCCCACCGCAGACCUGGCCCCGGGGGCUCCCUGGCCCUGACUGGACCCUGUCCUGUUUCCACUUCUCUUUGGUGGGAACACGAGUCCGUGCGUCCCUGCUAAAGCCAUCACCUCCGUCUGCCUCUGAGCCAGCCAGGCCAGGGCUCUCACCCAGAAGAAUUACUUUCCGGAGAAACUGUUUGCCUCUGUUUUUAAGCUCGUGUCCUUGGGACACGUGACCAUGUCCCCAGAGCUCGCCGGCUGGCGGACAGAUGCUUUGCACGAAGGUGGUGGAGGGAGGAAGCUCGCUCCCCUGGCACUCGAGCAGGGCUGUGGGUGGCGAAGGAGCACACAGCAGACGGCCUCGCCCUGUGCGCGUCCUCGGGAUGGGCGGCCCGCGGACGACCCUGUCUGUCUUCCUUAUUUUUGUGCCUGUGUAUCUGCAUGGGGUUCUGUCGCGGGAAGCCGGCCCUGCAGCGCAAAGAAAACCAUUUUUCGAGAGGCUCCGCAGACUAGAAGAGCAGUUUCGGAGGCUCCAAGAGGUGACCCUCACACACCUGCGGGGCCUUGCCAGCAACUACAACCUGUCCUACGACAUUGACACUCGGUUCCAGAGCCUGGCCCUGGAGACCCAGGCCGUGGCCCUGGCCGUGAACCGGUCACAGGCCGCAGUGCAGGGCGACCUGAGCCGCCUCAAGAACUGGAUGCAGAAGUCACAGCGCAGGAGCCGGAAGCUAGACUCCAGGCUGCUGGCCUUGGACUCCGUCCUGAGUGACAGGGACAGACAGCUGGCCCAGGCGGGGAAGGAGCGGGAGGCACAGGGGGAUGGCCUCGCCAGCCUUGGCCUGGCCCUGCGGGCCCUACAGGACACGGUGGCCGGCCUCACGCACCUGGUGCAGAGCCAGGGCGCCAGGCUGGCUGCUCUCGAGGGACGGCUGCAGGUGGCCGGUCCUGGCGCCGUGGCCCCGGGGCUGACUCCGGCCUUGGCCCCGCCCCCACCCCCGCCCCUGCCCCUGCCCCAGCUGGGGCUGCCAAGCCUAGGCUCCCCGAAACUGCAGAGGGGCGGGCAGGCGCUCAGAGCUCCGCCUGAGCCCGGGGACCCACCUCAGGACUUUGCCGGCCGUCUCCAGGGGACGCGGGAGCCACAAGGCCCAGGCAGCCAGCGGACACGGCCGCCCGAGAGACCAGGAGAGACCUGCAACGUGGGCCCCGUGCUCGUCUUCCCCAACGCCUCCACCCAGAACGUCGCCUUCCUGAGCCCCGGCUUCCCCGCAGGCCUGCGGGCCCUGUCUGUCUGCAGCUGGGUCCGCGUGGCCUCGGGCCACCUGGGCACCCUGCUCUCCUACGCCACCGAGGAGAAUGACAACAAGCUCGUGCUGCACGGCAGGGACUCCCUGGUCCCUGGCUCUGUCCACUUCGUGAUCGGAGACCCGGCCUUCAGGGAGCUGCCCCUGCAGCCACUGCUGGACGGCCGGUGGCACCACGUGUGUGUCAUCUGGACGUCCACGCUGGGCAGGUACCGGCUCCACGUAGACCGCAGGCUAGUGGCCACCGGCUCCCGCUUCAGGGAGGGCUACGAGAUCCCUCCAGGGGGGUCCCUUGUGCUGGGCCAGGAGCAAGACAGCGUGGGGGGUGGGUUCGACAGCUCCGAGGCCUUCGUGGGGAGCGUGGCGGGCCUGGCCAUAUGGGACCGGGCGCUGGUCCCUGGGGAGGUGGCAAGCCUCGCCACGGGGCGGGGGCUCCCUCCGGGCGCUAUCCUCACGCUGGAUGACGCCCACCGGGUGGGCGGAUUCGUGCAGAGGGUGAACUGCAGCUGCCUGGCACUCUGUCCCUGAGGCUUUGUUCUCGGGCUGGACGGGGACAGCCUGAGCAGCACCAGCCACCUGUCCCCCGGCCCCAGCACCCUCCCCCCCCGUAGAGGGCCCCCUCCCGGACUGGGGAGGGGACAGGGCAGCGUGGAGGGAGG